AAUGCGUCCAAAGGUGUCACCUAAAUUAGGCUUAGAAACAUAAUUGAUAUCUAUCUUUCAUCGUAGUCUUCAAAUUACAGUGAUACGAUGAUGUUGGACAGAUGGGGUUACGAGGUUAACACCGCCUCCUCCUCCUCUUGCAUCUCUUCAAUCAACUCCUAUUAUCACCAGGUUCUGAGCUAUGGAAGAAAAAGGGAUGUGAUAAUGGAAGCAGUUGAUGCUGAUCCAAAUUGUGUGCUUGCAAACAUUUUGGCUGCCCUUUUUUGCUCUUCUCAUGACCCAUCUCGAGUUCCUUCACUUGUUCAUGCCGCCACCUCCAAUCUGGAGAAGGCAACUCCUUAUGAAAAAGCAGUUUUUGAAACAAUCAACUGUAUGCUGUCACCAAAUAGGGAUGAUGAAGUGGCUGUUGAGUUGCACUCCAAGCUGUUGAAAGAGUUUCCAAAGGAUUUAGUAUCUUUGAAGAGGGCGCAAGUUCUAUGCUUUUACAUGGGUCGAGCGGAUCUAUCUUUGCAACUCGUUCAACAGGUACUUCCUUCAAAUAAUCAGCAAGAUUUUGUAUACGGAAUGCUUGCGUUUCCUCUAUUAGAGCUUGGACGAAUGGAAGAUGCUGAGAAAGCCGCCAAAAAGGGCUUUCAAAUCAACAAGGAAGAUCCAUGGUCGCAACAUGCGUUGUGCCAUGUUUACCAAUAUGAGUGUCGUUUUAAGGAAGCAGUGGAAUUUAUGGAAGAUUGUUCAAAAUCUUGGGGUCCUUUAUCGUCAUUCAUGAACACUCACAAUUGGUGGCAUGUUGCUCUGUGUUACUUAGAAGGUAACGCCCCCUUUGAAAAAGUGUGCGAAAUUUAUGAAAAUCGUAUCUGGAAAGAGUUGGACAGAAUCGACGCCUCUCCCGUAGAGGUAUACUUGAAUGCAGUUGGAUUGUUAUUACGGGUUCAUGUAAGAGGCAGAAUCCAUUUCUUCGAGGACUAUUUGAAGAUGUUAGCAGGUUAUCUAUCAGAUCGAGCGUUUUGGUAUCUUGAGUGGCACCUUGAUUUGUUGAUAUUAUGGGCCUUAGCUUGUACCGGGAAGUCAUCGGAGGCUCGAGACUUACUCGAAGGCUUAGAAUCAAAGGUUUCUACGAUGAAUCCGAAGAAGCGGAAGCUAAUGCAGAAAGGACUCACGCUUGCAGAAGCCGCAUACGAGUAUGGGAGAGGUGAUUUCACUCGAGCGUUAGAGUUGCUUGGUCCAGAUUUUGAUGCCGAAAGCUGUAAGAUGGUUGGUGCCUCCGGGGAACAACUUGACGUGUUCAAUGAAGUUUGGUAUGUUAUGCUACUUGAUGCAGGAGAUGCUAAAAAGGCGAUUGAAGUGAUUGAGAAGCAGUUAAAGAAGAGGAGCGGAACCCCCUUUUUAUGGCGCUUGUUGGAGAGGGGAUACUCGAUGUUGGGGAAGCAAGAAGCCGAAAGUAUAGGUGCGAAAGCCAAGAUGUUAGAGGCUGCCUACUUCUAGCAAGUGUGGAGCUAUGUUGUGUCACAUUGUAACAUGUCAUGUGUGUACUGUAUGUGUGUAAUACCCUGAGGAUCGACACGGUUGAUAGAACCAUACUUGUUUGAGUUAGUUUUAUUUCAACCUAAAACUUCUUAAACUCAAUAAUGAUCGAUAUAAAUUCAAAACCUUUUGAAUUACCAA